AUGGUCGCUCCAGCUAUCGUCUUGGGCAUUCGCGGUGUCCAGGUCCUCUUCUCUAUUAUCGUACUAGGUCUCACAGCUUACCUUGUCGACCAAUACACAAACCCCUGGGCUAGCUGGUCUCCUCACAGCCUCAACUUCAUGCUCUUCACCUCAGUAUGGACUCUCCUCGCAGUCGCAUACCUGACGCUCGCACCAACACGCUUCCCUCGCGCUGCCCACAAGUUCGCCAUCGCGGGUGUUGAAUUCUUGACCAUGCUCUUCUGGUUCGCAGCAUUCAUUGCUGUGGCUGUGCUCUGGCGUGAUAUCUACUGGGGCUGGGCCGGUCACGGCACCUUCCACAACUGCGGUAUUGCUGCUAUUGUGUUUGGAGCGUUCCUCUGGUUGACCUUCCUCGCUACUACUGUGCUCUCCGCUCUCCACAUCCGCAACUCGUCUCGCGGCAACACUGCUCCCCCACCAGACAUGGCUGGUGUCUAA